AUGUCGUAUGAAACUGUUUCGGUUCGUAUGAAUCGUAGCGAUAGCUCUAUCAGAUGGGGUUUCAUUCUGUCGUCGUCCGGAAACAAAAUUAUCAUCAAAACUGUUGAGCCAGGAUCCCUUUCUGAAAAAGCAGGGUUGAGAAACGGUGAUUUAGUGGAAUCUAUUGGUGGACGACAAACUCUUUCUCUGAGUCUUCAGGAAGCAAAUGAUAUCGUCACUCAAGCUUGUUAUGAAGUUUGCUUUACGUUGCAACGGUAUGUAACAUCACAUUCAUGUUUGCCAUGGACUCUGUCCGAAAAAGAUAACAAGCUUGUUGUAGACGAAAUACAACCAAAUUUCGGCUACAUCCAUAACAGCUACAAUUUGACACAACAAGGAUUACCUACUGGAUCAUCCAAAACUACGUCCAAUUAUUCUUCUAACCAGAAAUACAGUUCAUCUGCUACUCUCAAUAAUAGUAGCUGCAAUAACUUCUCAUCAGCUGGUUUCCCAAGUGUUCACAAUACUUGUAAUCAGAACCAGUACAGCCAGGCAGAGUUAAAGCAGAGCUCAGCGCCUUUAAGUAGUCGCUACAACUUAUCGAACUAUACCACUGGCACAACGUUUACACCCAAUAGUACUCUCCAUAAUUCUCCAAACAAUCGAAACCAAGCACUUGUCUCUUCUACGAGUUCGAACCGUAAUUCGGUGAAAUUUACUGAUAAUACGUUCGAUAAGAAUUCAUAUCCCAGGAAUAAUUUCGCUGAAGCUAAGAACCAAAGUUACGACCCACCUGCUCCUGGUAUCACGACCAAGUCAUCACCAUUACCCUUGAAUCAACAAACAACAAUACAAACUUCUUUCCCAUCGAGCAACGGUUUUCGCUGUGGCAGUAGAAGUCAAAGUAGUUUAUCUCCAGGUGGAUCUCGUGUGCGUUUCCACUCACCAUCAUCGAGAACUGGCCGGGAUUUGUCUCCCAACUCUUCGAUUGAACACUUACAGUACAACUCACCAAUGAACCUGUACUCAUCAGAUGCAGUUGCGGAGCAGUACACCAUGCAAACCGGCCGUGCCUUAGAAGGUCAACGAUCCCAAAAUAACACACCAGCUUACUUGAACUCUGAAACGAAAAAGUAUAUCGAGGAAGUUGAAGGCCGCAUGCGUCGUGGGCUAUCUCCCUCGUGCCAAAGUUCAUCAUUCAAGCGUAUUAGCCAAGCCGUAGGAGCCCCCUGUAAAUGA